CAGAAGGAACCCUGUAAAAGAUAUUUUCAGUUCACCCCCUAUCAACGUUGAAUUAGUGUGGUCCAAAAUGGCUUCCAAAGUGACGCCAUGGUUGCUACGUUGUGUUGCUUCCUCGCGAUUUCUCCUAUGUUUACUUGCGGCACAGAGCUCCUCGGUUCUUCAAGAUACAGCACCCUACUCCGUGACUGUAGAGAGCCCUAAAGCUGACAUUCUGGAGAUAACGUUAGAGGAUGGUUCGGUCUCAUUUGAAACGUCAAACCCGGAAGCAAAACGACCACCUGUUACUGUUACAGGUGCCACAGAUUCACCUACAAGAACAACUGCGUUUUCAGGUGUCGAAGAAGGUGUAUCUACAGAUGCAAUCCAAGCAUCAGCCCCUUCCCCAAGGCUGUGGGACAUAAAGGAGCUGACAGCAGCAGACUACGACUCACUGAUAUCCAAUGCCUUCUCUCAGCCGGCUUGUGUCUUAUUCUCAGCACAGAGAAGGGGUGCGUCAGUCAUCGAAAAGCUUCUCCUCCAAGUAUGGGCAACGUCAGAAGUGCAGGAAGAGUUUUCCUCCGUAUUCUCUGUUGGAAAGAUAUACGAUCCCACGCUGAUGGAGGUAAAAAGUAUCAUCAGCAUUCCACGUGCACGACCGUCCCUGUGCUGCUACCGAGGGGAGUUCCACUGUUUCUAUGGCGAUCACACUGCGACAAGGUUGAUAGACUGGCUCCACCUACAGAAGAAUAAAGCAGAGAAUUCGAUGACUGACAUCCAUGCGAUAUCUGUGGACAGAGAGCUGCACACUAAUGAUGUGACCGUGCUUGGAUUCGCGAGAAAUGAAGACCAGUCUGCUCAGCUGCACAAGAUCUUCAAUCGUCUUAAGAAGCUUUUUCCAGAACAAGUCAAGGCACUCCUGGUCCGUUGGGAAUCGCCUGAUAGAAAAAAGAUCACUCAGCAGUUUGCUGUGAACACAUUUCCUGCAGUCCUACUUGUGAGUAAGGCGGAUCCACAUCGGCCAUUCAAACAUCUGACUGGACAUGAUCUAACUCUGUCCACCAUCGAGCUUCACAUAGAAGUCACACUACAGAAGGCUGCCUUGAAGCUGACCUCAGAAAACUUCUCCCCUGUAGUUCUUGAGCGAAGGUACGCCGGAUCAGUCCUGGUGUGUUUCUACUCCCACAGGGAAAGGAGAAGCCUGAGUUACAUCAGAUCCUUCCUGCACACAGCAGGUUGGAUCAGAACACUGGGAGCUGCCUUCAGGUUUGGACUUGUGGAUCUUUCCGAACAAAGAGACAUCUUGGCAAAGGGAUGGGUCGACUCAACUCUGGUCCGUCAAAUUCCGUUCACAGUCUUGUUUAGUACUGAGAAAACCACAAACCAGAAUGUAAAGACUGUGACAAGACAAAGGUUGUUUCCACGCAACUCGCCAGAACCGGUUGACGUGUUGACGUUUUUGGAGGAUGUUGGUGUCCCGUUAGAGGACCACAAAGGGGUGCAGAUUGUUCCACAUUUGGACACCCCUAUGUGUGAAAUGGGAGCUCCCUUCAGUCCUGGAAUCUUGAACAGUAUGUGCGUCAAGUGGCAAAAUGAAACAGCUUCUAUUGAAGCACUCAGAGACUUACAGAUAGCCAAGAACAAGAAGACACAAGUGCCUGUUCACAAGGGAAGGAAAAAGGUCAAGGCAGUAAAGAAAGCAGGACAGAUACCGGUUCUGACUGGCUCAGACUGGGACCAAGUCAUCAGCACCACCCACACUGCCCCUUCCCCUUACGGCCUGACAGGAAGCGCCAGUCUCGUGCAAGUUGUUGCGGUGACAUUCAUCAAAGCCAACUGUGGCACCUGUACGAAAAAGAUGCCUGAACUUGAACUUGUUCACAAGGCGGUAAAAAGAAUGAUGGGGGUUUCCUUUUACGUCUUCAACUGUUCCGCAGAUCCUGCAAGAUGUGAACAGCAGAGAAUAAGGGGGUUCCCCACACUUGUAGCAUACAGAGUUGUCCAAAACAGGAGAGUCGAACAUUGCACCCAAGACACCACAUACGACAGUAUCAGGCUUGAUUACCACGACGUGUUAGGAGCUGAAAAGGUCCUAGAAUGGCUGUCAAAAGUGACUGAAUCAGCAAUGCACUAUGUCUCAACGACGGACGGAACUGAUUUUCAGGACGUUGCCCUCUUUGCAGAGCCAGCUAACACUGUUGUAGACAGGGGUUACUCUUUCAGAUGCUUCGAGUACUUGUGUGAACAGCUCUACGGCCAGGUAGCUUGUUACGUCCUGUCGAAGAAAGCUGUAAAUGUCGAGGCGGCAAUGCUGCGUAUAUCCCUCUACCGCAGUGAUGGCUUGAGGGCACCAAUCUUCGCGGCAGGUCAGCCUCUGGCGUCAGUUAUGGAGAGCGACUCAUCAGAGAGCCAGCUUCAUCAAUUCCACUCUCCACACAAGUACAACCUCCAGCCAGACACCCUGUGCGAAGACAACGAAGCCAUCUGUACCGACACCCUCCUGAGGUUCAUACAGGACCACUCCAGGCUGCCCGUCAUGCACAUCACGCAGCAGCUCUUUCAUACACAGCGGAGACACCUACUCUUCAACACAGACGUCCCCAUACUCAUCGCGCUAGGCCACGCCAGUAACUUCACCCAGGAGUCACAGUUCUACAAGAACUUGUACUCAGCAGCCUUGAGCAUGUAUAGGUCAAUGAGCUUUGCCACGCUUGAUGUAGACGUUUACCCAAUGUGGGCAGGCCAGUUUGUGCCGUUGGGGUACAGACGGGAGUUGCUAGAGUCCACAGACACUGGUUCUCUUCACCUGAACCCCCCCACCCUGUACACAUACCCGAGACUGUGCAUCGUAAGGUGGAACGACCACGGACAUGCAGCUUUUUACCCGGACCUACAGGAGAAGAGAUGGCAGCGGCAGCACAGGAGCUUCACCAGCGGCGAAAUCGUGAAGUUUGCAGAGGACUUUCUGAAGGACCCGGACAAGUUCCUGACAAGGACAGAAAUGUUUUAGGGUCUUUCUGUAGUCAGGAAAAUCUCAUAACAUUGUGUGCAUCGUGCAGCCUUUAUAUGGGACAAAUCCAUGCGAAGGCCACCGGGUCAACCCUCCUCACUCAUCAAAUGUAGGGACUGACAUGGUCAUCAUACUCGGAAAAUCUGUAUCUGUACAUAAAUAUUAUAGAAUACAAAACAGGGCAUUCCGUACUUCCGGCCCAACCGUGAGUCGGAUCACCCAACGACUGAAGGAUUGCCAUACAUGAGACAAUGUUUUCUACAGAGUCUGUUAGACUAAUCUUGUAACCAUGUGUGUUUUGUUGGGCAAAGGACAACAAUGUUCCUAUUUACAUGUUUUUACUCAAUGCACAUUUUUGGUUACCCUAGGAUAAAACUGUAUAAAACCCCCCUUUGUAUUCUUUGUUUGCACAGUUUCAGUAUGUAAAGAAAUACGCGAGAGGCAACUAAUUUUUAUAUAGAGAUAUAUGAAAAACAACCAUGUGAAUUUUGAUGAAAACAAAACAGGACAAUAUACAUGUAUAUUCAAUGUAUUUUUGACAUAUUUAUUAUAACUAUGCAACAACUUUAAACUAUGCAGUAAUGAUUGUAAUCCCAAUACAUAUGCGGUGAUCAAAAAGUAGAUUAUACUGCAAAGGCAUAUUGCACUUUGACCAUAGAAAUGUUCAUUAAAUUGAUAUGAUACUGCCAUAUUUUUGGCCAUGCUUAAGAGCAGAGCCUUUUUUUUCACUGAGGCACAUUUAGAAAGUCAUGUUUGUCUCUACAUUUUAUAUACUGGCACAAAGAAUAUUUUGCCUAAUGGUAUUCACAAAACUUAAGGUAAAAUAAGUUAAAAUACCUGCACAAACUGUAUGUACAUUUUGUAUUCACAGUAAAAGUAUCCUAGAAAUACACCGAAUAUUGUAAAUUUAUGUGUUACUGUCCGAUUGGUUUUCUGUACAACUGUGUAUUAAAUCUUUCCACCAAAAAUACUUUGUGGUUUUCCUUAUAACUGUCGAUCCUAGCAUGCAUAAGGCAGUUUUUGUUGGACACUCAGGAAUUAAAAUUAUGUACAAAUGCUACAAAAUGCACAGAACAUUUUGCUGUUCAAUUUCUCCAUUGACAACAUUGGGCUGAGAAUUGGUUGACAUACAUUUAACAGUUCACAAUCAUAAGAUUUCAUCAUAUCUCUCAAGUAUCCUGUUAUAGUUUCUAAUUUCUAUCAAAUCCACAGCGAUUUCAAGUUGAAAUAGUUCUCUACAAGUCAUGAUUUUUUUUCUGGUCUUCCUUCCAAAACAAGUAUAACCCAUGGCAAACCCACCCCAUUCAGCAAGUUCCAUCAUAGUACGAAUUUAGUUUAACAGCAUCAAUCCCUGUUUAGAUACAGUGUGUAUACUGGCAGUUGUGUAAAGAGACUCUUUUUACACAACCAAGUCUUUUAUUCAGCUGACAUUUC